CACACGUCUCGGCCGGCCGCGCGCGCGUUUUCGCCGUUUUUUCGUACCCGCCGGCCACGCGGGCGCGCGCGCGCCGACGUAUUCCACUGCGACGCGCCGUCGCGGCCUGUACUUGGGCCCGCCGCCGGGUUUCCCGUCCGCAUACGCGACCGUGCAACGUGCACACGCCGACCGUUAUCACACCGUCGCUCUCCGCUAACCGUAUAGGGUAUAUCCCGGCGGUGGUGCCGAAGUUGUUUUCGCUCCCUCACUCACUCUCUCCCUCGCUCUCUCUCUCUCUCUCUCGUUCGGUCCCUCCGUCUCAUCUCCUGCCACCUCUCUAUCCCGCUCACUCUUCUCGUCAAUCGCUCGCUCUUCCCGUCCGCGGAUCGUCUCCGCGCUCUGAACGUCGCGCCCUCGUGUCGAACAGUGUUUUCGCGUACGUCCAAGACAUUUUUCGUUUUUCGUUUUCACAAAAGUCCGCGCACACUUGCCCCCCCCCCCCCCCCGUCCACUCACCACCGUUUCGCCCGAAACACGAACCGUCCGUCCGCCGUGGCCGUACCGGUGCGCAGUCCGUCGCCGAUAGCCGCGUCGUCGCUAUCUACCCGAUUCGGUGGACGAGUGACCGCCGCCGUCGUCGCAGCCGCCGCCGCCGACAACGAGCGCACAACACACAAGGAUACCGUGGUCAUGUCCUUUGAGUGGAUAUGCUGAAGGAUAUCCACAGUCCAGGAUUGGUGGCCGAUCCGGAGGACGGUAGCAACGGGACUUGUUGCGCCGGCUGCGGUAGAUCGAUCGACGACCGUUUCUACCUGUCCGCGGUGGACAUGUGCUGGCACAUCGGGUGCCUGCAAUGCGCCGAAUGCAAGCUGCCGCUGGACACCGAGCUCACGUGCUACUCGCGACACGGUAACAUCUACUGCAAACAAGACUAUUACAGAUUGUUUUCAAUAAAACGUUGCGCCCGGUGCCAAGGCGGUAUCGGCGCGUGCGACCUGGUGAUGCGGGCCAAGGACCUGGUGUACCACGUCGAGUGUUUCGCGUGUUACGCUUGCGGCGCGGUGCUGUGCAAGGGCGACUACUACGGCGUGCGGGACGGCGCGGUCUUCUGCCGGCCGGACUACGAGCGGCUCAAGCACCGGGACGCGUGCGACCUGGAACCGAUGUGCAGCCCUCCCAGGACCGCCGGCCAUCACUGGCCGUCCGCGCACAAGGGCAGGCCCCGGAAGAAAAGGAACGCGCAGCUGCCGUCGCCCAUGACCGUGGCCGAAUGCAACGGGCUCGCCGAGCUCAACGUGCUGAGGAUACCGCAGUCGGCGUUAGAAGUCAUGCAGGCCACGGACCUGUCUUCGUCGAUGGAAUCGCUCACCUACGAGACGUCCAGCUUGUCGUCGCCCACCAACUCUUCGUCGACCGUUGGCACCAUCGGAGGAGGAGCCAUGUCGCAGCAGCAACAGCAGCAGCAGACGCGCACCAAGCGCAUGCGCACGUCGUUCAAACACCAUCAGCUGCGCACGAUGAAGUCGUACUUCAACAUCAACCAGAACCCGGACGCCAAGGACCUGAAACAGCUGGCGCAGAAGACCGGCCUGUCCAAACGAGUGUUGCAGGUUUGGUUCCAAAACGCGAGAGCGAAAUGGAGAAGGAACAUUAUGAGACAGGAGAACAGCCAAGUGGUGACCAGUUCAAUGGUGAACCAGAACCAGAGUACGCCGUCCGAUCCCGAUCUGAUCAGAGGGCACACGCAGGGCUCGCAGGGCCUAAGCUUCGUCGAUCUGUUUUGAGUCACAUCAUCCGCGGCGGCCGUCCAGUCGUCCCCGCCAAACCGAAUCCGACUUAUUGUUUCUCCGUUGUCGCGUCCGAUCCAACCCAACGAAACGGAUGCGUACGACGACGCGUAUUGUACAUAAUGUAUAUUAUCACUAAUUAUGUCCGUAAUUCAAUCCUAUCGCAUGACCGAACCUAUCCUUCCGCCCUUCCUGCCCUUCCUUACCGAAGUCAAACCUUUUUGCAAGCCAUCCUGUUCGUCCCGAAGGCCAGUGUGUUAAGAAUAACGUACGCAUUAUACGGACCUACAAAUGUAUGUAUAAUAUAUUGUCAUUAUAAUAUUA